UCUUUUUCUGCAUAGCAUUUCACACUGUGACAGAGCCUGUGUGUGUGAGAGGGAGAAGAAUGGAGAAGUCCAGAAAAAAAUUUGCUGAUAUCAUAGAUCAGGCAAUGGUUGCUGCUAACACAAUGGAUCGUGACGAGCUGCUUUUUUCUUACAAGGGGAUUCUCUACCCUGCUACUUUUUGCAGUCCUGAAGUAUUCAGAGCCAUGGAGUCCCUUGAAGCCAGAAGUGAUGAUAUCAUUUUGGCAGGAUACCCUAAAUCUGGCACAAACUGGGUGGGUCAAAUCUUAAAUGAUCUGGUGGGCAUAUUUGAAAAGAAAACACAGAAUAAAGAAAGCAGCAUGAAUGAUGAAGAACUAGAAGAAUUCCCCUACCUGGAAAUUGGAGAUACUGGGAAGUUUGAGCGAAUGAACAAAUUACCUUCUCGAAGAGUUAUAUUUACUCAUCUCCUUCCUGAAAAUCUUCCCAGGUCUAUCUUCAAAAGUAAAGCCAAGAUAUUGUUGCUGAUUCGCAAUCCAAAAGAUGUAGCUACAUCUUUUUACCAUUUCUCCAAUGCCAUGUCUCCUCUUCCCUCCUACGAGACCUGGGAUGAUUUCUUUGUAGCUUUCAUGACGAAGAAAAUGCCCUGGGGAUGCUACUUUGAAUACAUUUCCAAAUGGAACAAAUAUGCUGAUGAUGAAAAUGUUAUGACAAUAACUUAUGAAGAGCUAAAAGAGCAUCCGGUCCUGGGUGUGAAAAACAUAGCUGCUUUCUUUGGGUUUUCCCCGACUGAAAAAGAGCUUCAGAUUGUGGUAGAGAGAAGCAGCUUCCAGUCAAUGAAGAAAAACUCACAGAAGACCCACGGGGCGUUUGGCAAUCUUCUCUUUCGCAAAGGUGGUGUAAGUGACUGGAAGAAUCAUUUCAGUGAAGAUCAGAAUGAGAAAAUGGACAAAGCAUUUGAAGAACAUAUAGGAAGAACUAAACUGGGAAGAAAGUUAAAGUAUGAAGUGUACUGUAAAGCCUGAAGAGUCACGAAAAGUGGUUAGAGCAAGAGCUUUCCAAUUCACUUUGAGAUCAUCUGAAUGCUAUACACUAGAAAACUAGAUCAAAUUAUCCAAGCACCUUAGAAUUACUGUAAUAAUCAAAUUGCAGCAGACUUUACAGUGACAAUGAUGAAUAGCGGGCUUUUGUUUUAAAGGUGAGAUCUUUGGCUUGCUUUGGCUACACUCAUUUGCUGAAUAAGAUGGCAACUAACCAUAUUCAGAUAAACUUAACAGCCUUGUUUCAGUAGCUAUCAUCUGGAAGGAAACACCCCUUUUCUCUUUCUAGCCAAACACAGUCUUUCUAGACUACUUAUUAUUUAGUACGUAGAUUUUUUUUUUCCAAAAUGUUUCAAAUCGGGCAACAUCUUCACAGAAAAGAUCACUAGCAAAAACAUGGAUCUGACACAACCUUAAUUAAUGACAAAGGGUGUCUUCCCCAUGACUUCAGCACAAACUGGAUCAAAGCUAGAGGGAGGACAAUGAAAGGGAAUGGGGAUCAGCAUUCUUAGGCAUUUUAAUCUCUCCGAAUGCAGAAUUUCAAGAUGGAUUUCAGAUUACAGGCUAGCGUUAGCAGGCAAGAUCCACUCAGAGGCAUUGCUUUUAUAGAAUUAUAGAAUAGCCCAGGAUGGAAGGGACUUCGAAAGACCGUCUGGUCCAACCUUUCAUGGGAAAGGGGGCCUAAAUGAGAUUAUUGCAUCUUGAAAACCUCCAGUGAUGAGGACUCUACCACAUCCCUGGGGAGGUUGUUCCAGUGAAUGAUUGUUCUCACCAUAAAGAAUUUAUUUCUUACAUUGAAAUGAAACUUCCUGGUGCAACUUGUA